UGAACUUAAAAUUGUCCACGGGAGCCCUCGUCACUCCCAGUCACAAGGGAGUGUCGAGCGAGCGAAUCAAGAUAUCCAGGAUAUGCUGUCGGCCUGGAUGCUGACUUAUCGGACCAAGCAGUGGAGCAAGGGGCUGAAGUACGUGGCAAGCCAGAAGAACAGUGCUUUACACCAGGGCACUGGCAGGUCACCCUAUGAGGCCGUGUUCGGCACCCCAAUGAAGGUGGGGAUAAGCAGCAGCCUGCCAAGUGCCCUGGUCCCUUACCUCACGACAGAGGAGGAGCUGCUCGAGUUCCUGGAGGGCAUCGGGAGGGAGCCUUCAACGCCGCCGCGCGCCUCUCCGACUCGGCAAGGUAAACUAGUCAAUUAAUUUCCUACUGACUAUACGGACCUACCAGGGCUCCAUAUUUGUGGUCUUUGUUGUAGAACCAAGCCCCAACAGCAGCCCCCGUCGUGUACCCCUUUUUCCGCC